AUGGUUUCCACAACUUUCAAUACCCUCUUAGUCGCCUCCGCAGCAGCCGCCGCGGCAUCUCCUUUGCAACGCCGUCAAGAUGGCGUCUUCCAAUGCGUCGGAACAUUUGGUCCAAACUACGGAGACUGUAAGCAGGGCCUAGCAAGAUUGCAGCAAUACAAAGGGUUUCUCGCUCACAUACCACGUUACCGGCCUUUGGAACCCAACACUUGCCUGCCAUUCGCUGAGGGCAACUGCCUGAUCUCGCACUGCAAUUUCGACGCGAACACCCAGAAUGCCAACUACUUCACGAUUGGUCUCGGAGCCAACUUCGUCAAGCAGAACUGCGAGCCGCUCAACUCCGGCGGAUUCAGAGACCUAGGUUCCCAGCGUACUGAAGUCAAAGAAAAUCCAGACUUUGUGCCAGAGCCAGUCGCGGCUACAGAGAUCACCAAUAGCUCCAUCGUGCCCGUACCAAGGGCAGUGGCCAAGAGGCAGCAGCCGAACGAUGACGGCAUCGAAGUCACCCGCACAGGCCGCAGCGUCCAACGCCCCGGCUUCGACUUCGCAGUCUCUCCCCGCUACCCAGCCGGCAGCACCAGCACAGCCGAAGUCAGCGAAAGCCAGACCGUAGGUUUUGACGCCGGAACCGAGAUCUCUGCCGGUUUCGAAGGCGUGCUCUCCGCUUCUGUCAGUUUCUCCGUCAACUUUGAGAGCACAACAACCAAUACCCAGAGCGUCACCAUUCCAAUCAACUGCAGCCCGGGUCAAGAGGGACAGAUCUGGUGGAGCCCACUGUACGAUCUGAUCGAGGGUAAUGCUUUGCCUUCGGGAGACUUUGUGCAGGCUUGGUUCCCUGUGAAUGAUGGCAUUUCGGCUGGCAAUUAUGCUAUUCGAUGCUUUGGCUAA